UCACCUUUAUUUAUUUAUUUAUUUAUUUUUUUAUAUAUCAAGUACACACCAUACCGCACCGCACCCACCAUUAAUCUUCUUUCUUUUGUUUAUAAAAACCUCUUCUUUUCCUUAUCAGGGCCGCGCCUGAAACACUGAAAAGAAAAAAAUGGUUUCCGUUGGAGGAGUUCAUUUUAAAAGUUGUUGCUACUGCUUCUAUAUUCUGUUUCUGGUUCUUUUUCUUGCACAAAGCAACAGUUGCUUUUCAGCUAAGGUUUAUGUAGUUUACAUGGGAAGCAGAAGUGGUGAAGACCAAAAUGACAUUCUGAGAAAUGACCACCAAAUACUUGCUGCUGUUCACGGUGGAAGCAUGGAGCUAGCACAAGCAUCUCACGUUUAUAGUUACAAACACGGGUUCAGAGGGUUCGCAGCCAAGUUGACAGACCAACAAGCGUCCCUAAUUUCCGAAAUGCCGGAAGUGGUUUCCGUGUUUCCCAAUUUGAAAAGAAGGCUUCACACUACUCACUCGUGGGAUUUCAUUGGUCUUGUGGGUGACGAAACCACGGAGAUACCUGGAUUCUCUACCAUGAAUCAAGUCAAUCUUAUAAUUGGGUUCAUUGAUACUGGAAUUUGGCCUGAGUCCCCAAGUUUCAGUGAUGCUGACAUGCCUCCAGUGCCAGCUAGAUGGAAGGGGCAGUGCCAGUCAGGAGAAGCAUUCAAUGCUUCCUCUUGCAACAGAAAAGUGAUUGGAGCAAGGUACUAUAUGAGCGGCUAUGAAGCUGAAGAAGAUAUAGUAGAGACUGUGUCAUUUAGAUCUCCAAGGGACAGUUCUGGUCAUGGCAGCCACACAGCCUCAACGGCUGCUGGUCGGUACGUGAAAAACAUGAAUUAUAUGGGAUUGGCAGCUGGAGGAGCAAGGGGAGGUGCACCUAUGGCAAGAAUUGCUGCAUACAAGACAUGUUGGGACUCUGGCUGCUAUGAUGUUGACUUAUUAGCUGCAUUUGAUGAUGCAAUUAGAGAUGGGGUUAAUAUCUUGUCAUUGUCUCUUGGUCCUGAUGCUCCCCAAGGAGAUUAUUUCAAUGAUGCCAUCUCCAUUGGGUCCUUCCAUGCUGCAAGCCGUGGAAUUUUGGUAGUUUCUUCAGUUGGAAAUGAAGGGAACCAAGGCUCUGCAACAAAUCUUGCCCCAUGGAUGUUCACUAUUGCUGCCAGUUCAACAGACAGAGAUUUUACAUCUGAUAUCAUACUUGGAAAUGGACCAAAUGGUGUUAAUUUCACGGGAGAAAGUCUGAGUCUCUUUGGAAUGAAUGCCUCUGCAAGGAUCAUCUCUGCUUCUGAAGCCAAUGCAGGAUACUUUACACCUUACCAAUCCAGUUACUGUUUGGAGAGUUCCUUGAAUAGUACCAAGGCCAGAGGGAAAGUUUUGGUCUGUCGACAUGCUGAGAGUUCAACCGAGUCAAAGCUGGGAAAGGGCGUGGUAGUGAAAGAAGCUGGUGGAGUUGGGAUGAUUCUUAUUGAUGAGGCAGAUAAGGAUGUUGCUAUUCCCUUUUUGAUUCCUUCAGCUAUCACUGGAAAGGAGAUAGGGAACAGAAUUUUAUCUUAUGUUAGUCAUACACGCAAACCAACCUCUAAGAUUUUCCCUGCAAAGACUGUGUUGGGAUCUCAACCUGCACCUCGUAUUGCAUCAUUUUCUUCAAAAGGUCCUAAUGCCUUGACCCCAGAAAUUUUGAAGCCUGAUGUCACAGCUCCUGGAUUGAACAUUCUUGCAGCUUGGUCACCAGCAGUUGGAAAACUGCAUUUUAACAUUCUUUCUGGGACUUCCAUGGCUUGCCCCCAUGUAACAGGGAUUGCGACCUUGAUUAAAGCUGUUCAUCCAUCAUGGUCCCCAUCAGCUAUUAAAUCGGCUAUCAUGACAACUGCCACUGUCCUGGAUAAGAACCAUGAACCGAUCACAGUGGAUCCUGAAGGAAGAAGGGGUAAUGCUUUUGAUUAUGGGGCGGGCUUUGUGGAGCCAAGAAGAGUCCUUGAUCCUGGUCUCAUCUAUGAACUGCAGCCAAUAGAUUAUAAAGUGUUUCUAUGCUCAAUUGGUUAUGAUGAGAAGUCGCUCCAUCUGAUCACAAGAGACAAUAGCACAUGUGAUCAAACAUUCACAACGGCGUCUGACCUUAAUUAUCCAUCCAUCACAGUGUCCAAUCUUAAGGACAAUUUCUCAGUAACACGCACUGUCACAAAUGUUGGGAAGCCAAGAAGUAUUUAUAAAGCUACAGUGUCUUCACCGGUUGGAAUCAAUGUUACAGUGGUGCCGAAGCGACUAAUCUUCAAUAGCUAUGGCCAAAGGAUGAAUUUCACUGUGCAUUUCAAGUUGAAUUCGCCAUCAAUGGGUUAUAAAUUUGGGUUUUUGUCAUGGAAGAAUAGAAAAAUAAGGGUUACUAGCCCUCUUGUUGUCCGGGUUGCACCUUCCAGCAUGGGGUUGGUGAGAUAACAAUGCCUAAUAUGUAUAUAUCAGCUUAGUAACUUUGAGAUCCGUACAGUUACAACAGACAUACAUAUGCGGAUGCAGAGUCAUGCUUACCUACAAUGUUAUGCUUUGAGCCUGGAAGUAGCAAGCGAUAGAAUUAGUGUAAAAUCAUCCAUCAAACAAGCAACAUAUAAUAGGAUAUAUGAUUUGAAAGAGGUUUUAUGUUUUUUGGUUUCUUUAUUCUUUUCUUCUUUGUACAUGCGUGGAUUGGCAUACAAGAAACAAUGAAACAUUAACAUA